GCAUUGAAAUUUUUUAAUGGUUACCACAGAAACAGUGAUGGAGGCAAAUGCUGACUGCAAACAAAGAUAUCAGUAGGAAGAUAAUAGCAGGAAGAAAUAUGUACAAAGACAACCAAGUGUCAUGAACUCCAGGACUGUCCGUCAGAAGCAGCGCUCAAGGCUGAUUUCGUUCGUGGAGAACUACAGCACAGCCUACCAUGACCUCCAGAAGAAAGACAAUGAGCUGGACGAACUCAUAGCAAAGAAAGAGGAGAAAACACAGACUUUGCUGAAGCGCAUAGAAGAGUUGAACAGGAAAGCUGAGGAGGUGAAGGGGUUGUGCUCGAGCUAUGACAUGUUUGUCAAGCAUGAAGAAAUUUGCAGAACUGCUGAGAAAACCGAGGAGGAGAGGAAAGAGGGCAUUCAAAAGGACGCAGAGAUUAAGAGGCUGAAGGAGGAGUAUGUUGAGCUGAUGGAGAGGAACCGGGAGCUGCAGCGCCAGGUGCAGAGCCACAGAGUGUACAGGGACGUCAUGGAGCGGGCAGCCAAGAUGAGAAAUUUUGACAGUGCAGAGAGGUUCACAGGUUAUUUGGCGAGUCUCCUCCCCCUCAAAGAAAAGCUCUAUCAGAGGAACCAGAGGGCGAUGGAGCAGGACACCCAGCAGAGGAUGGCCCUUCGGACUCUGGAGGACCGGCAUCGUUCGCUGCAGCUGCAGAAGAACAACCAGCUUUCCCAGCUCGACAAGGAGCUGAAGGAUGCGCUUUUUGAAACUCAAACAUGGGAAAACAAUUGGAUCUAUAUUGUGAAAACAACAGCAAGGGAAAGCCUCUUCCUGGGACAGAUUAAGAUGGCGACCCUCAACCUCUAUGACAUGUCAAAUUCCGGUGUUAAAGAAGAAGAAGCUGUGGAUGUGAAUGACACGGAGACGCAGCUGGACAAGAUCGUGAUCUUCCUCCAAGACCACGAGGACAUACUGAAAUGGCAUCAGAUUUCCAUAGAGAAACAACAAGGGAAGAAAGGAACAGAAAAUAAACAAGGCCAAAAACCCAUAGCCAAGAAGGGAGACUAAGGUUCCAUGUUGUUUGAUUAAAACUGAAUUCACAGUUGCAA